CCUCCUCCUCUUCCUUGUCUUCUCCGGGGUCACAGUGUGGAGGACAGGAAGGAGUAAACAGCUCAGCUGUUGUACACUUAUAUACUGUCUAUGGUUGUACAGUAAUGUGCACAGUAUCUCUGCUUUAAUUCACAGCACUUUGGACUUUUUCCAGCGUCCCCCAUGAGCAGCGGAGUGUGUCUAAGAGUGCUGCGGGCAGCCGGCUCUCCUCCUGCGGCCUCCUCGGGCAGCUGGAGCCGGGUCAGACUACCGGCCGACCCGAGACAUGCACCCCGCCGAGGGCUGUCUGCGUCGGGCAGAGGAGGAACCAUGAAUGUGUUCAACAGGGAGAUGAAGAAGAAGCAGAAAGAGUGGGCAGCGUCGCUGCGGGAUGGAGACCAGUUCGACUACCUGAGGGACGAGGUCGGUGGCCGAGUGGCUGAUCGGGUAUAUGACAUCGUGAGGACGUUUCCUCUCGCUCUGGACAUCGGCGGAGGUAAAAGUCACAUCGCAGGACAUUUAAGCAAGGUACAGUCUGCACCCGUCACUUACGAAAAUUCUGAUCUUCAGAAACAGAGCAGACGCAGUGAGAUCCCGACGCAUCGCCUUCUCGCUGACGAGGAGUUCCUGCCGUUUAAAGAAAACACCUUUGACCUGGUGGUGAGCAGCUUGAGUCUGCACUGGAUCAACGACCUGCCCGGAGCCCUCAGACAGAUCCAGCAGGUGUUGAAGCCCGACGGCGUGUUCAUCGGGGCGAUGGUGGGCGGCGAGACGCUGUACGAGCUGCGCUGCUCCCUCCAGCUCGCCGAGACGGAGAGGGAGGGAGGGUUCUCCCCCCACGUCUCCCCCUACACCGCCGUCACCGACCUGGGCAACCUGCUGGGCCGGGCUGGCUUCAGCAUGCUCACCGUGGACGUAGAUGACGUUCAGGUUAACUAUCCAGGAAUCAUUGAAGUCAUGACCGACCUACAAGGUAUGGGCGAGAGUAACUGUGCCUGGAACAGGAAAUCGCUGUUGCACAGAGACACCAUAUUAGCAGCAGAAGCUAUUUAUAAAGAGAUGUACGGUAACGAGGACGGGUCCAUCCCUGCCACCUUCGAGAUCCUCUACAUGAUUGGCUGGAAGCCUCACGAGUCUCAGGCCAAACCGGCGAAGCGAGGCUCGGCCAACGUGUCGUUUGGGGAUUUGUCAAAGAUCAGCCAGCCGACCAACACAAACACGUCGUAGAAGAGCCGACUGAACAGCUGACCCACUGCAGAUUGUAAAUAAUAGAUUUUCUAUUUUAACAGCUACUGUAAUGUACUGUAAUGUUGUUGUGUCUGGAAUAAAGUUGAGCAAUGGAAAACAG